AUGGGCGUCACGCGUCAUGUUAAUAAAACUUGGGCGCGCAAUGGGGAUGACUCGGCAAUGAAGAAAGCACUUCGCAAGGGAGGUUACAGCACGUUAAAUGUCUACUUUCAGACCGAUCUACAGCCGCCCUCCACAACAGACUUUCCGAGAUGGACCUCUGAAGGGGACAAUCGUCAGGCAUAUAAUUCGGACUCUGCCUCCCCUAGCGUCCUUGGUUUCUGCACUCUUCCGGAUCCAAGCAUUAAUGCCAGCAGCCCUCAAGUCAGCUAUUCCAAAGAUGGCUGCAAUGUGCUGGCUAAGACUAUGCCCGGUGGCCCCAUAACUCAUUACAAUCGGGGUGGUACUGCAAUACACGAAAUUGGCCACUGGAAUGGUCUCUUACAUACUUUUGAAGGGGAGUCGUGUUCGAAAGAAAAUGCUGGUGAUUACAUUGCGGACACACCGCAGCAGUCGGUGCCCACUGACGGGUGCCCUUUUCAGAAGGAUUCAUGCCCGGAUAGCCCUGGCUUUGACGCCAUACAUAAUUUCAUGGACUAUUCAUCCGAUGACUGCUAUGCUUCCUUUACAUCGAAUCAGCUGAAGAGAAUGCGAGACAUGUGGUUCUCCAUGAGAAAAGGAAAAUAA